AUGUCGUCUGCUGCCAAGGACAGUUAUCCGGCGGAGUCGUCGGGCCACCUCAACAACGAGAAGGCGCAGCUGUCGAAGAUUCCCUCCAGUCAUCCAGACCCCUCGAAGGUGACUGUCGCGCCAAACGUCAAGGCCGCUUAUUACUUCGCAAAGCCAGACACCUCCAGCUGGAAACUCUCAGAUUUCGAACUGAAGAACACGCUCGGCACCGGUUCCUUCGGCCGCGUGCGCAUCGCCCACCGCAAGGGCACGGAGGAGUACUACGCGAUCAAGUGCCUGAGAAAGCGCGAGAUCAUCAAGAUGAAGCAGCAGCAGCACGUUGCGCAGGAAAAGGGGAUCCUAAUGGAGCUGUGUCACCCGUUCAUCGUGAACAUGAUGUGCUCCUUCCAGGACGAGAAGAAGGUGUACUUUCUGCUGGAGUUUGUCAUGGGCGGCGAGAUGUUCACGCACCUGCGCACUGCCGGGCGGUUCCCGAAUGACGUUGCGAAGUUCUACCACGCGGAGCUGGUGCUUGCGUUCGAGUAUCUGCACUCGCUGGACGUGAUCUACCGCGAUCUGAAGCCGGAGAAUCUGCUGCUGGACAACAAGGGGCAUGUGAAGAUGACGGACUUUGGGUUUGCGAAGAAGGUGCCGGACCGGACGUUCACGCUGUGCGGGACACCGGAGUACCUUGCGCCGGAGGUGAUCCAGAGCAAGGGCCACGGGAAGGCGGUGGACUGGUGGACGAUGGGCGUGCUGCUGUACGAAUUCAUUGCCGGAUACCCGCCGUUCUACGACGACACGCCGUUCCGGAUUUACGAGAAGAUCCUUGCUGGGCGGCUGAAGUUCCCGAACUGGUUUGACGGCCGCGCGCGCGACCUCGUGAAGGGGCUGCUGCAGACGGACCAUACGAAGCGCCUGGGGACGCUGAAAGGCGGGCCGGCGGACGUGAAGAACCAUCCGUACUUCCACGGUGCGAACUGGGACAAGCUGUACGCACGUUACUACCCCGCGCCGAUCCCUGUGCGGGUGAAGAGCCCUGGCGACACGAGCAACUUCGAGAAGUACCCGGACAGCCCGGUCGACCGCACGCCUGCGCUGACAUCGGCGCAGCAGGCCGAAUUCAAUGGCUUUUAG